UUCAGUAUUGUACUUGUAAGAAUUGGAGCAAGAUGGUGACCAAAUUAUCAUUUAUAGGUAUAGUGCUACUCUUCAGUUUUACAACAGCUGGUAAAAAUGACGUGUACAGGGGUUUUACAGUUCAUGGGAUAAAACUUCGUGACCAAACAGAUGUAAAUAUUCUUCGUGAACUUGUUUUAAAUCUGGAUUUGGACGUUUGGUCUCACGGUGCUGUGGGUUUACGUGAUGCUGUCGUGAUGGUUUCAAAGGAAAAUGAAGCUAAGCUCCUUUAUCAUUUGGAUUAUAAUGGAAUAAAUCAUUACGUCCAUUUAGCAGAUGUUGUUAAAGCUCUGGAUGAUCAUGAUGAAGCGAUAUCUAAUUGGAAACGACGAAGAAGCGGUAAAAUGGUUCCUUUUGAAGACUACCCUACUUAUGAAGAGGUAAACGAUUAUAUGGAAAGACUUGCAACUCAAUAUCCAAACAUUGCGACUCUUGUGAACGCAGGACCAAGUUUUGAAGGACGCGAUGUUAAAUAUUUAAAGAUAUCCACCACAAAUUUUACGGAUUCCAGUAAACCUAUUUACUUCAUGGACGCAACGAUGCAUUCCCGCGAAUGGGUCACAACUCCAGUCACUCUGUACGCCAUGCACAGACUGCUUGAGGACCUGAGGAACGAUGAACGUGAUUUACUGGAAACUGUUGACUGGAUUAUAAUGCCGAUAGUCAAUCCUGAUGGUUACGUGUUCAGUCAUACUGAUCAACGUCUAUGGCGACGAACACGGUCAUACAGACCAGAAAUCAGUACGACUUGCUACGGAGUGGACGCUAAUCGAAACUUCAACAUAUCCUUCAACACUAUCGGUGUUUCUUCUAACUCUUGCUCUGAUAUAUACCCUGGUCCGGAACCAUUCUCAGAAAUAGAAGCGGUAUACAUCCGUAAUAUAGUCUAUGAAUAUUUGGAUCGUAUACAGAUAUAUUUAAAUAUCCAUAGUUAUGGUAAUUUUAUUCUCUUUGGGUAUGAUGAUUUAACAUUACCUCCCAAUGCGGUGGAACUGCAUUAUGUUGGAGCAGUGAUGGGUGCAGCCAUAGAUACUAUCAAGUUGCCAAUAGCUCCGCACUAUUUGGUAGGAAACAGUGCGCACCUUUUGUAUCCAGUGUCUGGAAGUGCACAAGAUUAUGUGCAGUACGUGGGAGUUCCAUACGCUUACACUUUGGAACUCCCAGAGUUCUUAAGAUACGACUUCAGAGUACCACCUGAAUACAUAGAGCAGAUCAAUGCAGAGACUUGGAAGGGAAUCGCAGCUUCAGCUCGUGCCAGUGCCUUGUUUUAUACACGAAGAUAUACUCGUAAUUCUGUUCAGUAACUUUGUGUAGUUCUUUCAAAUAUCUUGGCGGCUCAAGGUCAUGUGCGCGCUGCGUAUUGCCCUCCCCCCGCAUCCCGAUAUCCACCGCUACACCUAAAAUUAUGUUCUGUGCAUCGAUUCAGAAUUUAAAGCCGCUAAGAUAUAUGAAAAGUACCAUAAUAGUGUUGCAGUAAGAUAUCGUAAUGUUAAUUAAUCCGUGGAGUUCUUACUUUUAAUUUUAUAUCAGUUUUAGCACUAUGUUUUUUUUUUUUAA